UCAGAAGAACUGAAGAGGGAAAAGCAGCCUCUGGAUGAUGAUAAGGAGUUGAAAUUCAAUCCUCGCGCUCUGCAGUCAGUUUCUGGGAGCUCCUGACACCCUGAGCUCCUCUGUGUGUCUGUGUCCUCUCCGGAGAGCUGGAGCAGCACCGCUCCGGCUGGGGUGCCACAGUCCCUGUGCACAUCCUUGGGCAGAGCAUGCUCCCACUUGGCUUCCCUGGCUUGGCUGGGACAGCCAUCUCCCAGAGUCAGGCUAUGCCAGGGAAGGACCUGCCAGCCUGGGCAGGCAUUGCAGGGUCUGUCCCAGCAAGGCAUGGACACCCCUCCCUGUGCCCGGGCUGUGUCCUGGCUGCGCUGGAGGCAUUGCAAUCACCAGCUGCGGAGCCCCAACAGCCCGUGCUGCACCGGAGCCGCUGCAGCCCCGCUGCGCAGCCGUGCGAGCCACCGCUCCCAAUCUCACCACACCGCUCCCUAUCUCACCACACCGCUGCAACGGGGAAAGCCAGCAGCGCCUGCCGGGCCCUGAGCACCCGAGCUGCCUCAUUUGUCCACAUCCAGCCAGCCCGGCAAUGGUUUGAAACGCCAGCAUGCAGCAAACUGUGAGGGUGUUGGAGAAUUUGUGGUGAAUUGUGAUAUUACAGCUCUCAGAAGGGUUUGUUUGUGCAUGCGUUCCCCAGAUCUCCUCACACCACCUCUGUCUUAUGAGCCUGCUCCUGAGCUACAACUUGCCUUGAAGCCAGUGGAGCCAACAAAGUGAGAGUACAAAGAAGGAGGGUGAGGGUGAGGGGAGCCCCUUGGCCGUGUCGUGCCCUUGGAGCAGCUGAAGCACACGACCACAAUCGACGUCUCUAUAUCCCAGUUUCCCUUGGGCUAUUAAACCCUGAGACAUCUGGUGGCAAAUAUUGAGCUCCGGAUUGAUACUGCCCUUUUCAGUCAGAUGGAGACUUUGGAGGAAAAGAGCAAUCUCCUUGGUUUGCAGGCAGACAACAACAUGGAGCAACCAUUCACUGUCAGCUCAUUGAAAAAGCUCGUAGCUAUUCCUGACCACACAGACAUCUCUGUGACCCCAGAGGAGAGAGUACGUGCCUUAAGCAAGCUUGGCAGCAAUAUCACAAUCAAUGAGGACAUCACUCCCCGGCGUUACUUCAGAUCGGGAGUGGAGAUGGAGCGAAUGGCCUCGGUGUAUAUGGAGGAGGGAAACCUGGAGAAUGCUUUUGUGUUUUAUAAUAAGUUCAUAACGCUGUUUGUAGAAAAGCUGCCCAGUCACCGAGACUAUCACCAAUGUGCAGUACCAGAAAAACAAGAUAUUAUUAAGAAAUUGAAGGAGGUUGCAUUUCCACGGACAGAUGAACUGAAAAGAGAUCUUUUAAAAAAGUAUAACUUAGAAUAUCAAGAAUACAUGCAACACAAAAACAAAUGUAAAACUGAAUUUCUGAAGAAAUUAGAGCACCAAAAGCUAAUAGAGGCAGAGAAGAAACGAAUCGCACAUAUGCGGCAGCAGCAGCUCGAAUCAGAACAAUUUCAGUUCUUUGAGGAUCAACUUAAGAAGCAAGAACUAGCUCGAGAUCAGAAAAUCAAAGAGAGUGUGGUUAUGUCUGAGCAGAUAGAUGGAAGUAUGCUAUCUUGUAUUUCGGUACCAGAGAGCAGUUCCUUAUCUGCGGCGCUGCUGGAGAAAAAAGAGAGGAGCGGCACAUCUGGCUGUGCUGGGCAUUCGCCACCAGUAGACCGGGUCUUAAAGCCAGCAGCCACUCUAAGUGCUGUUCAGACUCAAUUGGCCGAAGCACUCAGAGGUGUCAUUUUGCCCAGGGAUCUCUGUCACAAAUUUCUGCUGCUGGCAGAGGCAAAUACAGUAAGAGGAAUAGAGACAUGUGGAAUUCUCUGUGGAAAACUGACACAUAAUGAAUUUACUAUUACACACGUAAUAGUGCCAAAGCAAACUGCGGGACCAGACUACUGUGACAUGGAGAACGUGGAAGAAUUAUUUGGUAUUCAGGAUCAGUAUGAUCUCCUCACUUUGGGUUGGAUCCAUACACAUCCAACACAAACUGCAUUCUUAUCCAGUGUUGAUCUUCAUACUCAUUGUUCUUAUCAGCUAAUGUUGCCAGAGGCCAUUGCAAUUGUUUGUUCACCAAAGCAUAAUGACACUGGCAUCUUCAGACUUACAAAUGCUGGCAUGCUAGAAGUUUCUGCUUGUAAAAAGAAGGGAUUUCAUCCACAUACAAAGGACCCUAGGUUAUUUAAUCCAUGUACCCAUGUGGUUGGGAAAGACAUAAAGAUAAUUGUGCUGGAUCUGAGGUGAUACGGAUGGACCAUAUCGAUGUUACUCUGCAAAAGGCCAAAACAGAAAAAUGGAUUCCUGUUUUUCCUACAUUUUCAGAAAUUACUUUUAUAUUUAUACAUUUUAGAUUGAAUGGUUUGAUAUUUAUUGCUCUAGCCUGUUUUGGAGUUAUUUUGUUGCUCUGUCAAGAUGGAGUUCAGUGGCAUUACCCCAUAAUCUGUAAAAAAAUCUCACCUAUAAAACACAACAAUAAAAGGAACUUCAAACUACA